AUGCAGGGCGUUUCUAUGCCAUUUGGUGGAUUGGUUGCCAGGAUGUGGGGCUUUCGUAUUGUUGUUGCUGUCAGUUGUUUACUUGAUAGUAUUAGUAUUUUUCUGACUUACGUCACUGUACAGAGGUCCUUUCCUGGAGUCAUCAUUACGUAUUCUGUGCUGCAAGGGUUGGGUCUGGGUUUUGGCUAUUCCGUAGUAUUGUCUGUGGCCGCAACGUGGUUUCCAAAACGACGUGGUCUCGUAG